GAACUUUUCAUUCGACGAUUGGCAUUUGGAGGAGGAAGCUGGGAUAUUCACUAGUCAGAACCACAAGGAAGAAGGACUUUCCAUUCUAUUCAAUUCUCUUGGGUUUUCUUUUCAGUUCUUGAUAUACUGUGUGCGUAUUGUGAAUACGCGAGAUUGCGUAUUUAUUAAAAUGACGAGUAAAGCGAAAGUACCCAAGAUGAAAGAACGCACUCCAGAGGACGCCCCUUUGAAGAAGAGGCCGUUCAAACGUCAUGGACGAUUGUAUGCGAAAGCGAUCUUUACUGGAUACAAACGUGGAUUGCGCAAUCAACACGAACACACUGCACUGCUAAAAAUUGAAGGAGCCGAUACAAAACAGGAUUCCAAUUUUUAUGUAGGAAAACGAUGUGUGUAUGUGUACAAGGCCAAGAAUAAGACACCUGUACCCGAAAAUACAACAAGAAAAACUAAGGUUAGAGCUAUUUGGGGCAAAGUUACUCGGCCCCACGGUGCCAGUGGAUCAGUACGGGCAAAGUUCAAGAGGAAUUUACCAGCCAAGGCUAUGGGCCAUCGUAUCAGGAUCAUGCUGUAUCCUAGUCGAAUUUAAAUAUUCUUGUAUAAUAUCAUCAAAUAAAUAUCAUUUUAUUAAAAUCUA